AUGCAUUUGUCCUUCCAUUGCCUCACUGUCUCAUGGCUUGCGAUCGCCCAGCUCAUCAGCUCUGAACCGACCAGCUCAACCGGUGUGGCUUCAGCGACUGCGCCGUGCGCCCGCGUCUCUGCCCUCUGGGCGGCUCAAAAGUCGAACUCUCCUCAUGCGACUCCCACAGUGGCUGCCGAGAUUGCACACGACUGCCUGCGAUCGAUACCGCUGGGCAAAGAUGCCGCCAUUGAGCUGGUUGAUGCUAUGGUGCCCUACUUAAGUUGGCAGAGUGAUUCGGCGUAUAAGGCUCACCCUCCUGCGGGCUACCCAUUCCCAGGCUACGACAUCUUCGCCAACCUUGCUAAGAUCAAGGCCGAUCUGCAGGCAGACAAAUACGACGGCGAGUACAGCUUUCAGCUUGAUUUAUACCUCAACGUCAUCGCAAAAGGCCAUGACGGUCAUCUUCUAUUCUACCCAGAUGCUCUAAGCAGAGUCUUUUCUUUUAAACGGCCGACACCUCUUGUGUCCAUCAGUGAAGACGGCGUGAGUCUUCCCGUUGUCAAGUUUUAUGAAGACGUUAUCAUCAACGCGGAUGCAGCCAGUAGCAUUACGCACAUAAAUGGCAUUAACGCAGCUUCUUAUAUCGAAGAGUUCGGAUCGCAGGCUGUGGGGUACCAGGACAAAGAUGCCAUCUUCAACUCAAUGUUUUUCUCGCUUGCAGCUCACGCUGUCCAUCGUCGGACAGGUUUCUUUGCGCAAGGCGGCCGCACUCGAUACCUCUAUCCAGGUCCAAUCACUAUUUUUACUUUGGCGAACAAAAGUGAAAUAGUCAUCCAAAACGUGGCUUCAAUUACAGCCAACUUGACGGGCGUUACUAAUGGCGAGUCAUUCUAUGCGAAGUUCUGCAACCCAAAUGGCUUAACCAGUGAUGAUGCUCGCAUCACCGCUGGGACAACCGCCGCCGAAAGUACAAAACCCAGCCGUUCCGAUUCAGGCAUGUUGGGUUACCCUUCUCCGCUGGCAAGCACAAAAGAUAAAGUUGCCUCGUGCUAUUACCUUGAAGGCGAUGGUUUUGACGAUGUCGUUGUCAUCUCAUUGCUCGAUAUGAUCACCGUCUCCAUGGCUGAAUAUCAAGCUGUGGUUCAGAGGUGCAUUAAGGACGCUGCUGGCUCGGGCAAGUCUAAACUCGUCGUUGAUCUGCAAGCAAACGAUGGUGGCUAUGUAGUGUUGGGAUACGACUUCUUCCGUCAGCUCUUCCCUCACAUAGUCGGGAAUGCGUUAUCUCGCUGGAAAGAGAGCGAUGGAUUCUUAGCUGCGGCAGAGGUUGUGAAUGACCGACUAUUGGGCUUCAACCCUUCUGUCAAUAAUGAUUCGGCUCUGCUGAGGGAGUGGGAAUCGCCAUUCAACUAUCAAGCCGACUACAACAUGAGCGGCAAACCAUUCCCCAGCUUUGAGGACAAAUUUCGACCGCAUCUAUACCAAAACACAAACUACACCAACCUCAUACGGUGGAAUUUCGAUAAAGACGUACGCACGGGAAAUAACAGGACUGGCGCCGAUAUUGAAGUUACAGGGUACGGAUCUCCUUCCAAUAUUUCUCAGCCAUUUCUCGCCGAGAACAUCAUUCUCCUCUAUGAUGGGGUGUGCGCCUCCAUCUGUAGCAUAUUGUCGGAAAUGCUUCGAACCCAGGCAGGUAUUAAGUCGGUCGCGAUGGGCGGACGCCCAAUUGCAGGCCCUAUCCAAGGAGUAGGCGGUGUCAAAGGUGCGCAGAGUCUGCGUUGGCAAGAGAUUCACAGCUAUAUGGCGCGUUACUUGCGCCAUGCCAAGACCAAUCAUCAGGCAGCCGUCUUUUCCCAGUACUCGACAUUGCCGCUUAACAGAUCCAGUGCUGCUAUGAUCAAUGUGCGGGAUGCGGUUACGUGGGACCAUGUCGACGAUGGACUGCCCGCACAAUACGUUGUUCACCAUGCUGACUGCCGGCUGUAUUGGACAGCUCCUAUGAUUACCGACGUGACGACAGUUUGGAAAGCAGCCGCUGAUGUGGCCUUUAACAGUGCCGCAUGCGUAGCUGGCGGUAUGAGGCCAACACCUGCCAGCAGUCUAGAGCCUACCCGAAACGCUUUUGUGAAUUUACUGUUGCAAAUUUCUUACUUUUUCACAUCCUAUGUUAUAUAA